GGGCGCUGCUUUCUUGGCCGCAGCCCGAAGCAGCCCGAAUGCCCGGCGCGCAGCUAUAUGUUCAGAGGCAGGCCCAUGCACCGGCGGUUGCUAGCCAUCUCAUAACGCGCGCUUUGCCUUUAAUUUUUUUAGCUGGCUAGUGCCUUGCUUCCGCUAGCUAAUCCCCGGCGCGAGCCGGGGUAAAAGUCCUUAACCCCCCAUGCGUCGAGUUUCACCCCAUUGCAUGAUGCGCUCUGCGACCGCUUUGCGGUUGCUGCGACCAGCGGCGCGCGGGGCGCUGCGCAGCGCUGGUGCAAGAAGCCAUGCCAUGCUCUCCACAGAAGCCGUGCAGCGCAUCUCCGCCGUGGGCAUCCUGGCGGACGUCGGCUUCGGCUGCACGAAGCUCGGCGUCGGGACCGCGUGCGCGUCGCCCGCUCUGGUCGCCGACGGCGCGCAUAGUCUCGCGGACGUCUUAGUCGGCGCCGUUUCUUACGGAGCUUAUGCCGCGGCAAGAGCACCGCCCGACGAGGAACACCCGUAUGGCCACGGUAAAUUCGAAGCAGGGGGCUCUUUGGUCGUCGGCGGCGCGCUCGUCGCAACGGGUGCCGCGGCGGCGGCGAACGCGGCGACGAUGGCGACGGCCGCGCCGGACGUGAUGACGCUGCCGGCCAUGACCGCCUGCGCGGGCGUCGCCGCGUUAUCAAUCGCCGGCAAGGAGUGGCUCUAUCGCGCGACGCUCCGGGCCGGCGAGCGGGGCCGGAGCGACGCCAUCGUGGCGAACGCGCACCACCACCGCAGCGACGCGUACGCGUCGAUCGCGGCGCUGGGCGGCAUCGUCGGCACCUACGUGCUGGGCGUGCCGUGCAGUGCAUAAAUCAAAUUGUCGCGACGCGUCUACCACGGCUCAACCAUGACCUCCACACCAUCGACGCGACGCCGGCUCGAUGGCGUGGCCGUGGGGGUCUCUCACCGCUCGAUUCGGUCAGCACGGUCGCGUCUUCGCCGAGAAUGGACUUAGUGAAGAAUUAUCGGGUGCACCCGACACACUGGUUGAUUUACGCACAGGUGCCGUGGCUGGACCCCCUCGCGGCGGCGGGCGUCGCCGCGGUCGUGGCGCACCAGGGCGUGCACAUCUGCCGGGACGCGGUGGACCAGCUGCUCGACGCGUCGUUCGACCCGGCGCGCGUCGAGCAGUUGCGCGACGCGGUGUCGGAGACGCUCGGGCCGGAAUACGUCGUGGACUGUGUGGAAAUCAAAUUUUACGGCGCGUUCGUGCUGAAUCAUCGCGUCGUCCUCCACGCCAUCGACGCGACGCCUGCUCGAUGGCGUGGCGAUGCCGGUUCCUCGCCGCUCGACCGAGCCAGGACGGCCGCGUCAUUGCCGAGAAAUGACUUAGUGAAGAAUUGUCGGGUGCACCCGACGCACUGGUUGAUUUCCACACAGGUCGUGGAGCGGCUGCGGGCUCGCAAGGCUGGGCCGGGCAUCGUGGCUGACCUUGUUUUGUCGGUGCCGGCGGGCUUGUCCGCAUCCGCCGCCCACCAGGUCGGCGAGCACGGGGCCGUGGCGCUGCGCCGGGCGGCGUCCGAGGCCGGCGUCGCUGUCGCGGACGUGCAAGUUCAUUUAGAUCCGUCGGAUCGGCAAGAACGCGACACGUGCCUCGCGGCGCUGCCGUCGACGCUUGAAAAGAGGGUCACCAGCCGCGCGCUGAGGCACCCGCGCGUCCGCGGCGUCGCGCACUGCGUCGUUCGGUACGACAACACUAAAGUCCUUGCCAAGGUCGACGUGAUACUGCCGGACGCGAUGACGUUGCGCGCGGCGCACGGAGUCGCGGGCGCGCUCCGGCGGUCUAUCUUGCGAGGAGUACCCGAGCUCCACGAAGUCGACGUCGACUGCGAGCUCGACGAGCGCCGGGCCCGGACGUCGCGGCGGGGCGUGGGGCGCGGUCGCCACACUAGUUGUAUGUGAUCUGUAAUACGAUUGAUAACU